GCGACGCGCGGUCGGCCUCAUUUUCGCAUCCGUCUCGCGGCAGUCCGUCCGUCCGUCCGCCCGUCGAUCGCGACCCGUGAUCCCGCAGUGCGUCUGUUUACUGUCGAUCUUUUCACGUCCGGGCCCUUCCCCGCCCCAUCACUCUGGGGGACGCUUCGCGGAACGCGUCCGUCCCUCGUAGUCAACCCGCGUGCGGAAAUCCUUUUCUCGCCGCGGCGACGACGACGACGACGACGACGACGACGACGACGACGGAACGCGACGUGCACAAGCGGUUCGGCUGCCGACCCCGGUGGGUAACAGAGGCGACGCAUUGCUGUAACGCAGUGUCUUAGUAUAUCCGAUCAGCUGUCGGCUCGGCGGGGAAGUGACGUGAAACCUUCGCGGACCCAUCGAACCUCUUGUUUUCUCGUUUUCUUUCCUUCACCCAUUUUCUUUCCACCUCUCCCGCUCUCGGCGUCCCUCGACAGUGCGCGGAACCGGUGUCGGCGGCACCCGGCGUCAACACACGACUGCUGCGCUCCGAGUCUCGUGCGUUGAGGUUCCAUAGGACCAGAUUCACCCAAGAUGACCUCCUGGGACUCAUAUCUGGCGGUAGCGACGUUUCUAUCAUCACCAGAAGAGUUUAUGGGUUGGUUUGUCGGAUUCGUUUCCUUAUUCAGUACAAACCUUGUAAGACCGCUGAGACUAGCGUUAACAUCAUCCAAUAAAAAUGCAAAUAAAAACAGCAUGCUGUCGGUCAACGGGCCGAAGGGCACCAGACGAGAAGGCAAGAAGUUCAGACAAUACGCUGCCGCGCUGUCCACAACUAUUGGACCGUUCGCGGUGGGCACUGUGCUGGCGUGGACGUCACCGGUUCUGCCCAUGUUGGAGGGCGAGAACUCGAGAAUUCCUAUCACGGCGGACGAGGGAUCGUGGGUGGGCUCGUUGAUCGCGAUCGGCGCCAUCAUCGGAUCGAUACCUGCCGGCAAGGGUGCGGACAUAUUCGGCCGGAAACCCACCAUCGCCGCGUUAGCCGUACCGUUCAUCAUCAGCUGGGCGAUGAUCUACUUCGCCUCGACCGUCUGGGAACUGUACAUCGCACGUCUGAUAGCCGGCGCUGUCAUUGGCGGAGUCACUGCCACCGUUCCUAUGUACAUCGGAGAGAUAGCUGAAAGUUCCAUCAGAGGUGAACUCGGCUCUUACAUCCAGGUGAAGGUGACUCUGGGAAUACUGUACGUGUACGCCAUAGGACCGUUCGUGUCCUACGAAGGGCUGGCCAUCCUGUGUGGUAUUAUACCAGUGAUAAUGUUCGUCUUGGUGAUACUGAUCGCACCCGAGACGCCCACGUACCUGCUGAGGACGGGAAAAAGGAAAGAGGCGGAACGGUCGUUGGUGCUGUUGCGUGGUCAUGAGUACGAUAUCGCCGGUGAACUGGAAGAAUUGCAGCAACAACUCGAGGAGGAACAAAAGCGCAGCAGCAACUUCAAGGAUCUAAUAUCGUCCAGAGCUACUAUCCGCGCGUCCAUCGCUGUCAUGGGACUCUUGAGUUUCCUGUCUUUCUCGGGCAUCAACGUGCUCAUUUUUUACGCGGAGUCCAUAUUCAAAAGCAGUACCAGCAGCAUUUCUCCUCAAGUCAGCUCCAUCAUCAUAGGGAUUCUUCAAGUGAAAUUUACUUUCGCGUCUGCGUUACUGGUAGACAAGGCUGGACGGCGUGUGUUACUCCUGAUCUCCGACUCUGUGAUGGCCGUUUGUCUUGGCUGUUUGGGUUACUUCUUCUGGCUGAAAGAGCACAACGUUGACGUGUCCGCCUUCAGUCUGAUACCGCUCAUCAGUCUGGGAGUGUACAUCAGUACGUUCUCACUGGGCUUCGGGCCCAUACCUGGUGUCAUGAUGGGAGAACUUUUCAGUCCGGACGUAAAGGGGCUGGCGUUAGGUGUAGUAUGCGUAAUCGCGUCGCUGUUGGAGUUUGUCGUGGUCAAAAUGUAUCAGAAUCUUUUGGACUGGUUCAAUCACGGCGUGACAUUCUGGAUAUUCGCUGGCUUUUGCAUACUGGGCACGGUGUUCGUGUGGUUCUUGGUGCCGGAGACGAAGAAUAAGUCGUUGCAGGAAAUCCAAAACGAACUGAAUGGCAUAAAGAAGCCGAAAAACCGCAACACAAACCGCUCCCAACAAAUGGAAACAUUGACUGGACCUUACAAUCAGAAGAACGCAGCAAUCGUUUGAUAAGGCAAUAUAAUAAAUGUAGCAGUGUGUGUGUAUGUUAGACAAACGAGGUGGGGCCUUAAAAACAUUUUACAUUUUUUAGCCCCAGAAUUUGAACAAAAUAGGUAAUCAAAUGCAUUGAAAAUUAAACUUAUUGAAUUGUUUAAAACUCAUAAUUUAUUUUUGUUUUUUAUAUUUUCGGAUAAAUAAUGACUCAUUUCACCAAAAUCUACACGUUAAUAAUAUAAUUUUACUUAGGUAUAUUGUUUUCUUUUCUUUUCAUAACUAAUUUAUUUUAUCAUACAACUAACACCGUCUAUUGCAUUCCAUGGUUGACUUUAACGAGAGCAGCAUCUUCAAAUAGGUAUCUUAUUGUUAUUUUCAGUCUCGAAUAUAUGAAAAAACGAAAAUGCAGUUUAUAUUUUUUUAAAUUUUUUUUAAGUUCAAACCUAAUAUUAUACUUGAUGGUGCUUGGCCUUAAGCCAUAUAUUAGUAACUGUCAUUAAAAUAAACUAUUAUUAUUAGUAGGUAUGUAGAAAUAUUACUCUGAAACCAAAAUGUUUUCGUUCGACUACAAAAAAAUAAAUAAAAAAAACACAAAUUUCCGCUGGAAUUUCC